AUCAACCAUAAUCUUAUUAUAUUAACCAAAACAACAACAAAAAAUCCUCUCAAAAACUUUGUUUUUCUUCAUUCUUGAAUUCAUGAGAAAAAGAAGAAUGACAACAAUAACAUAUGAUCCAAAUUUCAACCUACAAAAAAUCAAAGAAUAUCCACAACAUAAAGUUUUAUUAGAAGAAAUUGAAGGUCUUAUAAAAGUAUACAAAGAUGGUCAUGUUGAAAGACCUCAAAUAGUACCAAAUGUCACUAAUAAAUUACCUCUUGAACUUGGUGUUACCUCUAGUGAUGUUAUAAUCGAUAGGUACACAAAUAUUUGGGCACGUUUAUAUGUUCCAAAAAUAUUAUGUCAAGGAAAUAAAUUACCUUUGUUGAUUUAUUUCCAUGGUGGUGGAUUUUGUGUUGGUUCAUCAUCUUGGAUUUGUUACCAUGAGUUCUUAGCUAAAUUAGCAUCAAUUGCUAAUUGUGUGAUUAUGUCUGUUAAUUAUCGAUUAGCCCCCGAAAAUCGUCUUCCAUCGGCCUACGACGAUGGGGUUGAGACGAUUUCUUGGAUAAAACAAAAAGUGUUAAUUGGUGCUAAUGAAGAUUAUUGGUGGUUAAAUAAAGUUAAUUUUUCUACUACUUAUUUGGUUGGUGAUAGUGCUGGUGGGAACAUAGCUUAUAACCUAGCUAUAAUGCUUCGUUCAAAAAUAGGUGACCUAAAGCCAAUAACUUUAAAAGGUAUAAUUUUAAUUCAACCUUUUUUUGGUGGAGAGUCAAGGACUUACUCCGAAAAAUACAUUAUCCAAUUGUCACGAUCGGCGCUCACUUUAGUGAGCGCUGACACGUACUGGCGGCUGGCAUUGCCCACGGGGGUUAAUCGAGACCACCCGUGGUGCAAUCCGAUUGGGAGAGAGAGUGUAAAUUUGGUGGAUAUAAGGAAUAUUCCUAGAAUAUUGGUGUGUAUAUCUGAGUUAGAUAUUUUGAGAGACAGAAAUUUGGAGUUUUGUGCUACUUUAAAUAGAGUUAGUAAUAAAAAAGUUGUUGAAUAUGUUAUGUUUAAAGGUGUAGGCCAUGCAUUUCAAGUACUAAGCAAAUCUCAAGUUGCACAAACAAGAACAACAGAGUUGAUUGAACAAAUUAAAGGUUUUAUCAGUUGAAUUUGAUGACAAGAAUGUACAAAAUAAAAUCAAAGGAUUUAAGUUAUAUAUACGUAUAAUUUAUCCUUUUUAAUUUUUUUUAUGAAUUACUGGUCUAUGUUUACUAUAGUAGAUAAUAUAUGAUUUGUAACAUGUAACUUAUCGUCUUUGUAAGAAUUAAUGGUUUAUAUUUAGCUUAAAGAAUAAUGUAUGGUUUGUAACAUGUCAUUUUAUUGUUUUUGUCGAAUUAUGAUUUAUGUUUACUAUGGAGAAUAAUGUAUGAUUUGUAACA